AUGACCCAACCGCAGAAGACGAUAGCCGUGGUCAACGCGGCCGGGCGACAAACGGCAUCGCUCAUCCGCGUCGCGUCCGCCGUCGGAUAUGCCGUGCGCGCGCAGAUUCAUUCGCUUAAGGGCCUUAUCGCCCAGGAGCUCCAGACCCUGCCCAACGUCACCCUGCUGCAGGGCCCGCUGCUCAACAACCCGGCGCUGAUGGACUCGCUCUUCAAGGGUGCCAAUUACGCCUUUAUCAACACUGUCUCGCAAGCCGGCGACGAGGUCGCUAUCGGCCGCGCCCUGGCCGACGCCGCCAAGCGCGCCGGCACCAUCUCCCAUUACAUUUACAGCAGUAUGCCUGACCACUCCGUGCAUGGGCCCUGGCCUGCCGUCCCGCAGUGGGCGCCCAAGUUCACGGUCGAGAACUACGUGCGCCAGCUCGGGCUCCCAGCCACGUUUGUCUAUGCGGGCAUCUACAAUAAUAAUUUCACGAGUCUGCCGUACCCGCUCUUCCAAAUGGAGCUGCUCGACGAUGGUAGCUUUGAGUGGCGCGCGCCGUUUGAUCCCGAGACGCCCUUGCCCUGGCUCGAUGCGGAGCAUGACGUGGGACCGGCACUACUGCAGAUUUUCAAGGACGGACCGAAGAAAUGGCACGGGCAUCGCAUCGCCCUCACAUUCGAGACGCUCUCGCCCAACCAAGUCUGCGCCGCAUUUUCCCGUGCCCUCGGCCGGCCCUGUCGCUACGUGCGCGUGCGCAAGAUCGAGAUUAAAGUCAACAUUCCGCCCGGAUACCGGGAACAGCUGGAGUCCCUGGAAGUGUUGUUCGGCGAGUGCAAUGCCCCGUACUUCCCGCAGCCCGAGUUUUCGCAACCUGCAGCCGGGUCGCCGAAGGGGCUGGGUCCGGCGGGGGGGAAGGGUGCCGGUGCGGGGAUGAUGCAGGGCCCGGGCGGCGUGGUCUCGUUGCGGGUGACGGAUGAGUCGCGGCAUCUCUGGCAGGGCUGGCGCGAUAUGGAAGAGUAUGCGCGCGAGGUAUUCCCUGUGGAGGAAGAGGCGAACGGACUGGACUGGAUGCUCUGA